AUCGGGCCGCGCUCUGAGCGUGAAGUAAUAUUCCGCACAAAACAUUUCGUUCGAGAUGGAGCAUAUUUCAGUUUAAACAGAACAUUCGCUUGCGUCGGAAGCAGUCGGUGUGUAGUUUGGCACACAACAUAAGAGUGAAACAGAGCUAGUGAUAGUGAAUCGUGUGUGUGUGGCGGGUAAGGUGCGGGAUAAAUUAAGCAGAUAGUAGUGAGCCUGCCAGAGAAAGCGCGUCGCUAAACAUCAGCUCCAACAGUGUGUUUGUGUGUGUGUGUAAGUGUUUGUGUGAUUAUGUAAAGCUGUUCCGAGCACUGCAACCGAUUUCAGAAGGCAGAUUUGUGAGUGUCGAUCUUCUCGAACGCGUUGCUGCAGCGCGCGCCCUGUGCAGUAGUUUGUACGAGUGUUGGCAAGUUUUUUUUGUGACCGGGCAGCAGCAGGGUGUAUCGUUUUCAUCCGAAACCAGUAUCGCCUGAACUGCCUGAAGUAAGGGGGAAACCGCAUGCGCCGCCGGUGAAGAUUUUCUUCAGCGUUACGUUCGCCACAAAACAACCUCAACGGCACGGCUCUUUGCAAAACUAAACCCGACAGAAGAGUCCAUUUCGGUGCCCGUGAGUGUGCUGAUUUUGUGACAAGAAAAUCUUCACAGAUCCCUGUGGGGUACUGUGAUCGCUUCGCCAAACGGAACGAGCCACCGAGUGAACGACACGUCGUUGUUUGAUGGUUGAAUAAUCCCACCGUGAAGACGACAACCACGACACGACACGGCUCGGACAACUGCAAGCUCAACUCGGCUCAACAGUUUCCAAGACGCAACGUUUAGCCGGCCGCAAGGCAAAGCAUAGCAACGCCGUACAUCCAUCCUCAACUGCAGCCUGUGGCUGUGCACCGACACCGACAUUCAAAAUAGGAACCGCUUUGCACAAUGAAAGGUUGGUUUGACGCGUUCCGCGAUGACGGAGCGCCAACGCUUUACUCCUUCUCGAACCGAACGCCCGUCACUGGCGAUGUCUCGAUCGUGGCCGUGUGCGUUAUGUUUGCCACCGUUUAUCUGGCGUUUCUGGUCAUAUUUCCCGGUGUAAGGAAGCAGAAAUUUACAACAUUUACCACCGUUACUUUAAGCCUAUUUGUUGGACUAGUCAUUUUAGUAAGUCGUCUUGGAUCCGGCUGGCAUGUGGCCCAAUCGACGAUCGUUGCACCGUACCGGGCCUUUUCCCGGGAGAAGCUGCCCGCCAGGAUUGGAGCGCACAUCGGGUUGAUGCACAUCAACAUCACGCUGACGGCCCUACCGGUCGGCAACUGGACACCGCCGGACAUUGAUUUUAACGAGCGGUUCAGCUGGAACCAGGCGAACGACAUGGGCAACUCUUACCGCGAUGCGCUGCAGCGUGGCCUACCCUACCCGAUACUGACGGUGGCCGAGUACUUUAGCCUCGGGCAGGAAGGGUUCGCCUGGGGCGGACAGUACCGUGCCGCAGGAUACUAUGCCAGCAUUUUACUAUGGGCAUCGUUUGCCGCGUGGCUUCUGAUGAAUCUGCUGCUGGUCGCGGUGCCGCGCUACGGUGCCUACACGAUGACCCUGACCGGUGCGCUGCUGAUAGGGGCCAGCAUCGGCUACAGCUCCAUGCUGCCCAAGCGACCGCUGACGAUCGUUAUCGAAGGAGCGCGAAUCGAUUUCCAUCUGGGGUGGUGUUUCUACCUCGUACUCAUCGCCGGGGUGUUAUGCUUCGCGAUCGGAUUAGUCAUUUCCAUCAUUGAUCUUGUGUGGCCCCAUCGCUUUUCCACCAUAUUGGAGGUUUACUAUGACACACCGUACGACCGGCACGUAAUUCUCGAAGAGUCUCAUGACGUUCGAUAUCGCAAGCGCAACAGCAAAGGGCUAGAAGAACCACCAGGUCUAGGAUCUCGCAUCCUGAGACGUCUAUCAUCCAAAACGCGCGAUCAACAUACCGAUAAGAUGGGCAUCGAAAACCGUGGGUUCCAGCACGAUGUUCCCAAGUCACCGUGGCGCUAUCCGUUCCGGCGGGCUCAACAGACGCCUCCUCAAGGUAUCCAGCGUACCAUUUCGCAGGACUCCACGUCUAGCAUUGCUUCUGCCGCUGCCAUGUCUCAGUCGCUUCACAAGGUGGCACUAUCGCGAAUGCUACCGAAACCUCCAUUGGAACGUACGCGAGAAAUUUCCAACUGGUAAGCCAGCCAGUCAGUACGCCAUGUGUAGUGUGUGUUGAAAAGUGAUCGAAGCACAACGUAAGGAGCCGACCGUCUCGUGCCUGACGAUCUUUUGUGAUAUUUGUAAGAGUUUACAGAAACCUCCUGCAUCUAGCAAUGAUGAGUCCCAAGUAUUUUAAUGAUAACCCUUUUGUUUUAAACACAUGUCUCCAACCAACACGUACACGGCCACUAGUGAGCCACUGUGGACCACUUUUGUAGGGAGUUUGAUUAGUAAGUUUUAUUCUGCUUAGUGCGGGACCUUUUCAAAGGGGGAAAAUUGAGACAAUCGCAAUUGUAUCGCAGUUGAUAGGGUGGAACGAUUAACAGCAAAACAUAGAAACAACCCAAUAAUAGGGCAGUUCAAUUUAAGGUUAUUUAUUGUUCCUGUACCAGUGUUAGCGAGGUAGCAAGCAGUUUCUGUAAUGCGUAGCAUAAAUGCGAAACGAAGCGCUUAUAGCGCCGAUAUAUGUUAAUCAUUGCAAUGUAAGACCAUACGAUUUGUAGUAAUUUAAGGAAGAUUGUAAACUGUAAACUUGACGAAAAAUCUGUGACUGUAAAACUGAACGCAAAUGGACAAAUGGAAUAAACAUUCAGAUUUGAACAGAA